CUGUCACUGCAUCAGGUCUUGUUGUUGUUGUUGUUGUUGUUGUUUUGUUUUGUUGUUUUUUUAAACCCCUACGCCCUCCUUGGUCUCGUGCAGUGUGAGGAAACAAGUGCAUGAGGCAUUUCAUGUGCGCGAGCCCGUCUGAACCAUCCCUCCUGGUCUGCAGAAGCAUCAGCGCGCGACUGAACCGCUUAUUACCUUGCACCGCUUUCACUUUUUACUCUUCGAUCGGAUACUUCUGCUGGAACUGUCGGCAUUACCGUGCAUGCGUUUAACAUGGCGAUUCUUUUCGUUUAUGCGCUGCAUAUUGUUUUGCUUUUUGACCUGGUGGAAGUAAAGCAGAGAGACCCGUUUAAACGGGAUGAGGAUGCGCCGAGGGACACGCUGGCUGGACACAUGUUUAAACUGUACGAAAAAUUUAACAAGGAGCGGCAACCACACCGGGACGAAAAUACAGUGAGGAGCUUCCAGGCACUUCCGGUGUCCUCCCACAACAAGGUCCACUUUCAUUUCAAUAUGACCUCCAUGCCUGAGUCAGAGGUGAUCCUAUCUGCAAGCCUACACUUCCUCAAGCAACAUGGCCGGCUACGGCACUUGAGCUGCCGACGUUCCAGAGGGUCACCAUGUCACAGCCAACACCUGCAGCCUUCAACCCCAGUAAAGCUGGUUCUUCGAGGGAUGUCACAAAACACGACCUUCCCUGCUCAUUUGGGUAACAUCACAUUGUCCCCUCACAAGAAAGGGCAUUGGCAAAUGUCUGACGUGUCCUCAAUUGUCCAAUGGGCUCGUGCUCGAAAUGAGCUCUUAAUUUCAGUGGAGUUUGACUUUGGAGAUUUUCAACAGGAUCGCUUCACACCUCACAUUUUGCCUUAUAUUCUGAUUUUUGCCAAUGACCUGGCCAUAAAUGAACCAAACAGCAUCACCAGGAGCUUGCAGAGGUACAGCCCUGUGGGAGAAGAGAAAGGACCCCACUUUGUCACUUCAAGCUCCAGGAUCAGAAGAGAAGCAGAGAACCUACAUAAUUUCCUUCCCAACAUCCAGUAUGAUGAGCUAAAAAACAAGGAACUGUGGUACAACACUUACUUUGCAUUAAAGCCCAAAACCUUGUCCAAGAGUCAAGCUGGGAGACAAGUCAGAAAUGGAGGAAGUAUGCCUCCGGAGCUGAGCUUCGAUAAAAGGACCAUGAAAAAGGCUCGGCGUAAGCAGUGGAGUGAGCCUCGAGUGUGUGCAAGACGUUAUCUGAGAGUGGAUUUUGCAGAUAUUGGCUGGAGUGAGUGGAUUCUGGCCCCAAAAGCAUUCGAUGCCUACUACUGUGCGGGAACAUGUGGAUUUCCCAUGCCCAAGGUGGUUCAUCCCUCUAAUCAUGCCACCAUCCAAAGCAUCGUGAGGGCAGUGGGGAUUGUUCCUGGAGUUCCUGAGCCUUGCUGCAUUCCUGAGAAGAUGAGUGAACUGGCUGUGCUGUUUCUCGACACCAGCAGGAACAUAGUGCUGAAGCUCUACUCUAACAUGUCUGUGGAGACCUGUGCUUGUCGAUAAAGAUGAUCACCAUUGGCAUUCAUUUUGGUAAAGAGACUAUGGACAAACCUUCACACGACUUUGCGAAGGCAAGAUAUGUACUAGCUGAACAGAUGUAACCAUUUCAGACACACAAUUCAAUGGCAGAUUUAUAAAUGUCUACGUUUAAGACCUCAUAAACUCAAAACUAUUAGACCGAUGCUGUAUGAAUUUACAGAAAGUUUUUAUUGGUUUUGUAUACAGUCUCUUAGUGUAAUAUGACGUAAAUUUUACAGAGAAGUAUACCUUAACGUCACAGCAGAAAUCUUCUGAAACCACUCGUUCAAAAGAAUAUUCUCCUAAUUUAAUAACAGGCAGCAUUUUAACAUAUUUAAACAAUUACUGAUUAGGCCUUUAAAUAAUUUGUAAACAUUUGGAAUAAAAAUAAAGUAACAUUAUAACCCCCUAACCCUAUUGUUUUCAUAGUGGAAAGAAAUGAAACAGUAUUAAACCAAAAAUGUAAUUAAUUAAACAUUUUAUUU